AGUUAAUUUAAAGUGAACAAACGAACUACAAGUACACUCAUUAAACAUCUCCACAUAUCUGUCUUCAUCUUAAUGCAAAGCGUCACGUGACAUUCAAUUAUCAAUUGUUAUCAUUCGAGAGUAUAUAGAAAUUAAACAUGGGAUUGUUCUCAUAAAAUAUCGUCUGAAAAAGUUGAUACUUCUACAUACAUUAUGAAGGUUGAGGUUCAACGCUCCCUUCAGCUGUUUGAUUACGAAUUUCGUCUCAUUUUACGAUCGAAACUACAAGUUGAAAUAAUAUUGGAAUAAUCAAUAUCGACACCGACUUUCACAUUCAUAUCGCGUGCGAAGUAGUGC